AGUAGCAGAGACACACAGAGAGAGAAGUUGUGGAUUAUUGUAGGAAAUUUCAGCAUUUUGUCGAAAAUCUGUGCAGAUUUGUGAAGGAUUGUUUUGUUUAUCUGGUUCAGCUUGAUUGAUUUUUUGAACAACGUAAUUAGGCUUUUUGAAUUUGACCUGUUUGGAGCUGAAUAGAGAUAACGUGUGGAUAUAUACCUACCUGUAGAUAGGAUUCUGGAUUGUUUAUCUCACUGUGCUUGUUUGUUUUGUUUGUACGACUUAAAUUUAACAGCUGUAUUACAAUUUCUUGAAACUUGACCUGCUUUAAACAGUAAAGAACAAAAACAAAACAACGAAGAAAAGGAUGUGAAUAUUGUUAUGUGAUCAUUAUACCUAACUUGCAAAAUCUGUUUCUUUUUCUUUCUUAUUGGACUUGUUUUGCAGAAGCAUGUUUCUGUGCGCUCUAAUUCUGACAACAUAAUUAGUGAUUUCAAAUUUUUGAAUUUGACCUUUGAGCAGCAAAGAGAGAUAAGCAGUAUAGAUUUGUGAUAACGGAGGAAGGAUUUCAGAAGUGGGGAAGAAGUCUGUUCAAAUUUAUGCAGAUUAUUUUUGUUUUUCUCUCUGUGGAUACAUUUGUUUUGCAGAGUCAUAUUUCUGUGUGACUUAAAUAUGACAACAUAAUUAGUGGCUUCAAAUUUUCAAAUCUGACCUGCUUGGGGCAGGAAUAAGAUAAGCUGUGAAAAUAUGUGAUUAUUGCUGCAGAAUUUCACUACUUAGACAAAAUUUGGUUCCAGUUUAUUCAAGAGGUUUUUUGUCUUUUCAUCUGGAUUUUGUUUGUUUUGGAAUGACAAGUUCAUGUGAGUGUGACUUGUGGUUACAAUGUUUUUUUAAAUGAUAAAAUUGAUCUGCACAACAUGGAGAGAUAAGCUGUGCACAUACAUACCAGUACAUUGUAGUUACAGCACAGCAGAAAAUCUGCAAAGUGCUUUUUGGUUUUUUUAAUAUUUGAUUUGUUUGUUUUAUAGUGAAAUGUUUAUGCGCAAUUGACAUUUCAACCAUAUGACUGAUUUCAAAUUUAACAAACUGGUACUUAAAAUCAAUGAGAUAAUUUGUGGGAAAACAUAAUUACAACACUUAACCACAAAUCUGUUCCAAUUUAUACAUGGUUUUUUUCUCUCUUUGCUGGAUCUGUAUAUUUAAUAGUGACCUGUUCCUGUGUUAGUGUCACUCUUUCGCACUCUCCAUUUCUGUGCAUAUAGGGUUAGAAAAUAGUGGAUGUAAUGUGGGGGUUUUGUCGUACAGUUUUAAAACCCCAAAAGGUCAUGGUGUUUUUAACGCAUUAAGCCUGAUGGAGAGAGCGACUGACUGUCAGUAAUUUGUGAGACGUAUUGUCACUCACGUGAGAUGUGCUGCAACCCGACAUGCAAGCAAAGCUUUCUGAUUCUUUAACCUGUUUACGGGCUUUUGUCUUUGCAUAACAGCAACUGCUUAUCGUAAUUGAUGAUGAAUCUGCCAUUCCCCGCUCCGUUUUCCACAUCUCCUCUCCAAUCAGUGGAGGAACAAGUGGAGGCAGGCUGACAGUGAUGUGGAUUUAUAUCUUAGAACCAUCUUCAGUUAUGCCCAUUAAUAUCUUGUCAUCAUUCUAUCUUGCACUGUAGCGAGAUAUAUAUAAAAAUAACAUAAAACAAAAUAUAAAUCAAGGAUGCUGGAAAAUCUUGAUGGAUAUGGAUAUAAAAACAGUUGAACAUGCAGUCAUUCGCACGGCUGAUUAAAACAUUCUGUAAGAGAAUUGGAUUAAAAAAUACACAGCUUAUAUGUUUACCAGAUGGUGUUUUUCCUGUGUGGUGUUUUUUUUUAUAAACGUAACUCAGGUUGUGUGAUUAAUGGAGAAUGAAUAACUGUGCUGCAGAAGACGAAGAUUUCAGAAUAUUUUGUUACAGUUCUGGUAAAGGAUACAAAAUUCUCCAGUGAGCUAUUGGAUGAAAACAACCAAUGUAUGCAGAUGUUUUGAAAAACAGCUGAUGCAAGAGGAUGUUUACCAGUGUAAUUUUUGUAGACUUAAAAGAUCAGCUUAUUAUUAUUAUGAUUCACAAGGAUGAAUUGCGUCUGACAUAAACAGUUUGUAAACAUUUUUAUAGGUAAUUGAAAAAACCCACAACAUUAACUGGAAGCUGCAAUCUACUUUUAAUGUUCAUCAAGAUGAAAUGGUUAUAAAGUGCUAUGUAGUAUUGCCAGUUCAUGAGGAAUUCUACACACAAUAAACUGUUUUAGGAAAGCAUUUCUUUAAACAAAACUGUGAUAACAAUAUUUAAACAAUUAUUUUUUUAAAGUUUAAAAUUUGGAAAUAGUGUUAAUAAAAAAACUUAACUGCGUAAAAAUUCUCAAUACUGAAAUGCUGAUCCUGGUGGAGUUAGUGUUUUGAAGGGACUUGUGGAGCAUGUAUUAUUGUGGCAUUCAUUUGAUGGGCAUUGUUGUUCACGCGGCUUGAGCACUGUCACAACAAGUGAUAAUUUACGUGGACUUCGCGGCAGGAGCGUGUGGUACUAAAACAUUGUGUGUUUUCUCAUAAACUCACGCUGUUUCACAGCUCAUGAAGCAAGCCUGCAUCAUCUGCUCCUAUCAGACAUUACCGAGAGCAGUAGCGUUGUUUUUUUAGAAACCUGCAUAAUGUGACAUGGUAUAUAGUGUGUGUACUACAGGAAUUUUCACCUACAUUCAUCGUCUGUGUGGAUAUUUCAUUUGAGCAUCAUCCAAAGAUGUCGUCCGUAUCUAGAAGUGCCAGUUGUGUAACAUUACCAAAAUUCCGCAAGCUGCAGAAAUUGCUGAGAAAGUCAUCUCGCAGUCAGCCAGCUAUAGGGCUCAAACAGACUCCCAAAUCCCGGCCGACGAUUUUUGGCACGAUUACUCAGGAGAAGUCUCCGUGUGAAAACAAACGACUGCAAAGUGUUGGUCCUCAGCUGACGAGUCUUGCUCAGAUGUUUGUCAUGGCAGAAACUGGCUACAAUGGCCACAUCCGCUAUAUUGAUGAGACCGAUGCUCUGAUUUUUCAAGAUGGCAACCUUCUGGCAGGCUCGCUUGAAGCCCUGAUACAACAUCUUGUCCCCACGGGUGAUUACUACCCUGAUAGGACCUACAUCUUUGCAUUCCUGUUGAGUUCUCGACUCUUUAUCCGACCCCACGAACUGCUUGGGGAAGUGUGUCAGGUGUGCAUUUUCCAGCAAAACCUGGCACGAGAUCGGAUUGACAAGAAUUUGCUUGGGAAGUUUGGUCCAAACAUUGUCAGUCUGUUGAGUGAGUGGACAGAAUUGUUCCCGUAUGAUUUCCGAGAUGAACUGAUGAUGAAACAUUUAAAAGACAUCACUCAGCGAAUUCUCGCCAUCUACCCGGAACUUCGUAAAGACAUCAGUACGGUCAUGCAUAAUCUCCUCACAAGGUUAUCUACAUUACACAAGUACGAAGAUGUAUUGUACAAGCUGAACACAGAGGCACAGCAGAAAUCACAGGCACAAGUUGUACCGACAACGGACAUUAUUGAGGUGUGUCCCAACCCUCUGGUUCUAGCCCAGCAACUGACACACAUAGAACUGGAAAGACUUAGCAUGAUAGGUCCUGAAGAAUUUGUACAGGCCUUCUCUAAAGAGUCUUACAGUAGUGAGACGACGUUCAGGGACAUGAAGAAGACUGGUAACCUGGAGGCAUACGUUCAGUGGUUCAACCGACUCAGUUACAUGGUGGCCUCGGAAAUCAGCUCACAUCUGAAGAAGAAGAACCGAGUGAAGAUGAUAGAAUAUUUUAUUGAUGUUGCCAAGGAGUGCAUCAACAUUGGAAACUUCAACUCACUGAUGGCGAUCAUUGCCGGUAUGAACAUGAGUCCAGUGACACGCUUGAAAAAGACGUGGUCUAAAGUGAACACGGCUAAGUUUGACAUCUUGGAGCAUCAGAUGGAUCCGUCUAACAACUUCGGCAGCUACCGCUCGUCUCUCAAGGCAGCCAUGUGGAGGUCUCAGGGGGCCGUCGACGACCGGGAGAAGAUAGUCAUUCCAUUCUUCAGCUUGUUUGUGAAGGACUUGUACUUCCUGAACGAAGGCUGCUGUAACAAACGAGAGAGCGGCAACAUCAACUUUGAGAAAUUCUGGCAAAUGGCCAAACAGAUAUCUGAACUGAUAGCAUGGCAGCAAGUAGAGUGUCCAUUUGACAAAGACAGCAAAACACUACACUACGUCCUCACAUCACCUGUAUUCUCAGAAACAACACUGUCACUAGCAUCGUUUGAGUGUGAACCACCGGAAACGAGCUACGACAAAGAUCGACACAAACAGUUGAAAGCACUAGCUGGCUUAUGACAACCAAAGAGACUGGUACCAUUAUCUGUACCAGCAAGACACUGAUGAUGUCAUAUGGUCACUUUAUUAAGAGGUGGUGUGUUGUCCGUGGUUGUCGUUGUGUCACGAUGACGACAGAUGAAGAGCUGGUUGAUGAUGUACCAGGUUGACAUUGAUGUGACACGGUCUCUUUAAGAAACAGGGUGUCCAGUUGUGACACGAUCACUUUGAGAAGUGUCCAAUUGUGUCACACUGGCACCAAUUCCAGAGUUGGUUCACUCAAAGUGAGGACUCGACUGAUGCACAGAGGCACGUUCACAGAAUUCUACACAUAUCCAAAGACAUAUCUCUGUAUAAAACGGAGUCCAAGGAAUGAGUAUACAAAGCCAUGACAUCUGGUUUUGAUCAGACAUCUUAUCAACAUGGAUGUUGAUAAAAACUAAACUGAAGAAAAACAAAUAUCAUCUAUUGGAUAGGGUGAUCAAUACUUUGCUGAGAAGAGUGGUAUGGUGUUUACUGUACUGGACAUGGUAGCAUCAUUGUGCUGAUGGAAUGUUUUACCGUGGAUGGAUCUUACAGAGUUGUCAAGCUACACUGAGAGAAGAAAUGUAUAAAACAACAAACUGACUACUUAGCACAAAAUUUAGUGUUGAUAAUUGUACUAAUAGAAGAAUAAUUGCUGGACAAAGCAGAAUAUCAUUGAUAAACUGUUGUAUAUUGAAGGAAGAAGUCAUUAACUGGGCAGGGUGUUGUUGUAUGUAUUAAUUAUAUUAAUGGAAGAAUGUCUUGCUGGGCAAGGCUCAAAAGUAUAUAUUGCUUGCAGAAGUCAUUGUCUUGUUAUACAAACUGUGGAAUUGCAUGCUAAACGUGGCAGUAUCCUGUUGUAAGGAAGGUUUUGUUUAUGCAAUGGUUGUAAGAAUGAUACAAAACAGGGAGCUGUGUUAUGGGAUUGUGUUGGGGGUGAAGUGUUUUCUUUUGGAAUAAGCCAUGAGUAUCUCACCAUCAGAUCUAUAGAAAUAAGUUCUAUAAAUGAUGACUUAUGAGAGCGGCAUAGACUUCGUAGAUAUCAAAGCGAAGUUUAUGUGGAAACAAAGCUAUCUAGAAAAAUGUCGGUUUUCUUAUGCAAUAUGCCAAUGGGAACAACUAGCUGUUUUAUGUUACUGUUAGUUGGUGGAUGUAACUCUUCAUUCCUCUUUAAGGUCAUCAUGGAAACUUAAGACAAAUCCAGUCCAAGAUGACUUACUCUUGUUUCUACGGUGACCAUCUGUUUCUAUGGUGACCAGUCCUCAGGGACUCUAAGUAUAUGUACCACGGUGCUCUGAACAUAUUUGACUACUGGUCUGUAUAUUAGAUGUAUGUAUUGGCGCCAAGCUUUAUACUUUGGGAACAAAAUAGGACAGAAUGGUUAAUAUUGUUUACACAGUACUGUUAUAUUUUGAAGGAAUAUCUAUACGAGUAGAAGUCACGACAAAUCUUGUACCACAAAGAUGCAGUUUAGUUUUUCAUUAUCGUCAUGUACAUUAAGUUAUCAGUUUUCUGUUUGGGCCAACCUUAACAAAAACUCUUUCUGUAAGCUGACCGAUUCUUGAUUUUGAGUCAGGUUAUAGCAAACCAAUGGUUUUUUAUCGUGGCCUCACAGAAUCUCAAUGCAUUUUCUGUGAAAAAAUUAGAAUGUCACAACCAGUAUUUUAUUUUUAGUCCAAAGAAACCAUUGACAAGUAAAUCUGUUGUCUGGUUUCCAGACUUCAACUCUAUAUAUCUUCUGUGGAUUAUGUCCCCUUUCCCCUGCAAUUGGCAGCAGAAGCUUAGACCGUUUUGUGUUGUAAGUGUGAUUACCAUCUGCUAUAAACCUGUGUAGGCCUUGUGCAUUUGUCUUAAAAUAAAACUUCAAAGUUGUGCACAUUUACCACAAACUGCAAGCACUUGAGUAUAGUUUUAAAAAAAAGAGAAAAAAAAGAGUAAAGAACAAUUUAAUUAAACAAAUGUGAAUUUUUUUUUUUGGUGAACAUUUGUAAAAUCCAAAACACCCAUAACAAAAACCCAAACCUUCAUGAAUUUUUUUUUGGUAUAAAUUAAUAUACUACGAAGAUAAUUUUUCGCCAAUGUAAUUAAUCAGUUUCUUACAAUUUGUUGCAAUUUUGUACACAAUAAUUAAAUUUUGGUCACAAAACUGAAUAGUGCUUUAUACAUAGCUGUUAUGUUUUAAAUUAUUGUACAUAGCAAUGUGAUCGCUUUGUCUGUGACAGGUUUUUGUUAAUCAGCAGCUCUGAUCAUGUUACCCCCUACAGCGGUUACUCGUUACCAGCCUCGUAUGGCAUGAUACCGACGGUAGACUGCAGUUACACUUGUUACCAGCCUCGUACGGCAUGAUACCGACGUUAGACUGCAGUUAUACUCGUUACCAGCCUCGUAUGGCAUGAUACCGACAGUAGACUGCAGUUACACUACUGUUACACACUAUCAGGCUUUCUGUCAGAAAAUAAUUCGAGGGUACAUAAUAACAACAAAACAGACCACAAGUAUCCCCAUUUGGUGGUUAUGGGUUUGAAAUGUUUUGAAAUUGGACAUUGCAUUUCAUGCGCUUUGAUAAAUUUCAAACAGCAAUUCUCUAUGUUCUAUCUAAAAAGAAACCAAUAAAAAAAAAAUAUAUAUCCAUUAAUUUCGAAGAUUUUAGAGUACCUAAUUUUACCCUCUGGCAGAAAACCCGACUCUUAGCAACAGAAGUUACUUGUAAAUUGUUGUCUGUUGCUGGUUAUCACACGACUAACCCCAGGUGGUUAUUAACGUGCCAUAGUAACUGUGAAUGAGUAGCAAAGUAGAACUUGUUAUAUAGUGGUUAAUAAUUUAACCACUCAUGCUUAUCGUUAUUGUUGUACAUUGUAGUACUGAAAGAAACAAAAGUAAAAAAAUCUGAACAAUG